AUGGACAAGACCACCACCAUCUCUGGCUACUACAGAUAUACGCAUAUUCUCUUUGCGUAUCCAGGGACAAUACAGGAUCCAGGAGAAGCCUCUGCUUUCAAGUCGUUCGUCCAUUACACUGCUUUGGGUGAUCCUGCACAUCCGCUUCGUGUGAAUAACGAGAAAGGACUCGAGUUGUACAUUGGCACGUUACGCGAGGGAAAGACUCGCUUGAUGUUCUCGUCCUCACAAUUUGAAUAUAUACGUUAUUUGCUACAUGCGACAGAACUGACCAAGGAGCUCUUGCCGUUGCCGUCAUCCAAAUAUCUUUUGACAGAGUCAAUGCUGACCAACAUCUCGACCGUUUAUCUGAAGUCUCCUAUUGAAAUGAAGAAGGCUUAUCAGGUGGUCGAGAAAAACGGCAGAAAGCUAAAAUGUGACAUGAAAUUGUCUUCAUUUCGUCAUACAUUCGACAAGGUCCGGGACAUAUAUGCAUCUAAGAAGGGGACUUGGAUGGCAAUUGAUAUAGAAGCGUGGACAGUUCUGAGCUCGGCAAUAACGGAGCUCGGAUGGAGUUUUCAGCGAUGGAAUGAUGACCAAGAGAUGCAAGGACAGGGCCAUUUCAUUAUCAAGAAAAAUAAGAAUCUCAGAAAUGGUCAGCAUGUUGCAGAUGCACAAGACAAAUUUGCAUUUGGCAGUAGCGUUGAGUUGGAGACAACAGAGUUCAAAAGCAAGGUCGAUAGUCUGUUCACAGACUUGCAGAGCUCAGGUCCCCUGUUUCUUGUUUUUCAUGACGCACACGGAGACAUCAGAUUCUUGAACAACUCCGAAUAUUUCCCGGAGGGCCUCAUAGACAACUUCAUGUUCUCUCUCCCGAGUGGCAUCCCUGAUGAAGGGACAUUUGUCAUUGAUACUACAGAGCUAUUUAGCGCUCUUGAAGGAGACGCCCGAAUGAAGCGCUCACUCGGCGACAUGUGCCGCCUAUUGAAUAUUGAAACGCUUCAUUUACAUAAUGCAGGCAACGAUGCUCACUAUACUCUGCUUGCACUGAAGACCAUGGCGUCAGGAAACCAGGUAGAUGCUCAACGAGAAGAGCGUUGGCCAAGUCGGACUUUGACUUCGACCGUAGAAGGAUCCAGUCUAAAAGUUGUCUACGCCCCAGAGGACGAGGACUCUGAUUACUCCGAACCAGGCAAUGUCUGA